AUGAUUUUUCAGCACUCACAUCAUCUGUCGAUUCUAUCAUCUCACGGCGUUGGUAUCCCCUUCAGGCGGUUUCUCCGGUCAGUGGCUCACUGCUUAACACUUGGGUACAAUUUGACUCUGAUUCGGGAGUUUUGGUAUGUGAUGAUAAUGGCCUCUAGAGCAAUUUUAAGGCAGAGACGACUUCUUCUUCCCAAUUACCUCUAUCAUGUCUCUGAAGCAUUGAAAAGAAAGAUAAAUGCAAGAAUAGAAUUUGCAAAGUUUCUUCAGGAUACAGUUAAAGAGAUGGCAAAAGAGAUCCAAAACAGCAGGAGUGGAGAAGUUAAGAAAACAGCAGAGGAUCUUGAUGAAUUUCUUAGCAAGGCAAGAGUGUAG